UUAUGGAUGGCCCCUAAUCGGCUUUGGUAUUUGGUAAUUUUGCUGUCGUAAGAUGUAAACGCUCAUUAUUGCUGACUCAUUCAGAUUGUAGCUAUUACUGGGUAACCGCUUGCGGAGGCGGUCUCUGAUCGGUAAUAUGAUUAAAACGUACUUACUCGGUAACGAUAACGCAUAUUUUACGCCUGUGCAAGUGUGAAGUUCCCAUAGGAAACUUCUGCCUCGAUGGUUCAUCAUUUCCAGUUUGUAGUUACUUACUUACAUUACCCUAAAAAGUUAAAUCUGUAUUAACAGAUUUUUGAAAUUAAAAUUGCUGUAAUAAUUUAUCCUGUUUGAUUAUCGGAAAAGAUUUUGACGAUAAGCUUUGAUUGUUGUGGGCAGAUUAUACUUGGUCAGCUCAGUUGACUGUUAAUGUGUAAAGAGUGAAAGUUGCAUCAUGUCGCUUUUCCGUCUUUCUUGCUCUUCCCUUGUUCCCCGGGCCAUCUUGAGAGCCCAGAUACGGAAUAUGGCGGAAGAAGCACCGAGAAUGCGUCGUGCGGACGUUAUGGCGCGCCAGCGAGUCCAAGAGAAACCACUCAGUCUUAAAGAACGCCUCAUGGCGCCCGCUGGAGAAACUGCUUUCGGCAUCGGACAGGCAGCUUUAGCUGGCGGUGCAGCGUUUGGAAUUGGCGCAUUAUGUUACUAUGGGCUUGGACUUUCCAAACAGACUGGUUUAUGGGAAAAAUCAUAUAUGUGGCCAGAAUAUGUCCGGACGCGCGUGCACGAAACAUAUGCUUAUUUGGGUGGAUCGCUGGGAGUCACAGCCAUCUCUACUUACCUAGUGUCGCGCAGUCCUCAGCUGAUGAGUAUGAUGACACGAACUGGAUGGAUGUCCAUUCUUCUGACUUUUGGCGCCAUGAUCGGCACCGGAAUGCUAGCCCGCUCAAUUGCUUACGAAAAUACCGGUCCUAAGCAUCUGGCGUGGCUUUUACAUGCCGCGACGAUCGGAGCGGUAAUUGCACCAUUGACAUUGUUGGGUGGCCCAAUUAUGAUGCGCGCGGCCAUGUACACAGCUGGGAUUGUCGGUGGACUGAGCACCGUGGCCGCUUGUGCGCCAUCCGAUAAGUUUCUCUACAUGGGCGGUGGAUUGGCUAUCGGCUUGGGUGUGGUAUUUGCCGCAUCCCUGGGCUCAAUGUUCCUGCCGCCGACAACCGCAAUUGGGGCUGGUUUGUAUUCGAUCUCGAUGUACGGAGGACUUUUGCUAUUUUCGGCUUUCUUGCUCUACGAUACCCAACGAGUGGUCCGAAAAGCCGAAACGCAUCCACCUGGAGUUCCGGGCAUGAUCAAGCAGUACGAUCCCAUCAACGCGAUGAUGUCGAUUUACAUGGACAUUAUCAACAUCUUUAUUCGUUUGGCUGUAAUGAUGGGUGGUGGAAACCCGAGACCUUGGAUAAAUUUCACCGUAUCUGUAGACGAUUUUUUGACUGACAAUAGUGAGUGA